AUGAACCGUUAUAUAAAACCAAAACUAUUACGUUCUUUUUUUAUUAACACGACCCGUUCAGCGACAACCGUUCCUGAAAUAGAACAGAAUGAACAGGUUAUCAUCGAUGAUACUGAAGAUGCACUUGCUAAAGAAGCAGAAAUAGAAAAGAAAAGAAAUAUAUCACGUUUAUCACACGCUCACUACGAUGUAAUGAAUGGAAGACGGCCUUAUGAGGUGCCCAAGCACAUAACCCAUUUAACAGUAAAAUUCAAUAGAAAGAUGUAUGGAAAGUAUGGUGCCGCAAGUGGUGUUAAUCCAAGCAUAUGCUGGCCCACACAAAAAGACAUAGAAGAAAAGCGAGAAUUUGAAGCUGUAGCAUUUCCAUUCACUAUUCAAGAAAUGAUGGCUACAGCCGCUCAGAAAAGAAGAGAAGAACAGCUUAAAAUCCAGCAACGGGAUAAUGAGAUUGCUAUAAAAUUUGCAAAACUUGAUCAAUGGAAGAAAGAACUUCAAGAAAAAAUGGCUAAAAAGACAGCUGAAGUUGAAGCAGCGAAGAUAAAGAAAGAGCGCCUUGUGGAAGAAGUGAGAAGACACUUUGGCUUCACAUUAGACCCACGCGAUGAAAGGUUCCAAGAAAUGUUAGUAAAGAGGGAAAAAGAACAGAAGAAACGAGAAAAACAAGCAAGAGUAGAGGCUCGUGAAAAGUUGAUGAUUGCUAAGCUUCAGGAGAAAAAGGGAGAAGUUGCAGAAAAGAGUGGUGGAUAG